AUGAUGUAUACUAUGAUAUACACUCGUCUUGAUAUAUUAUCACAUGCAAUCAAUAUAGUUAUCCAUUUUAUGGUUAAUCUGAGUAAAGCACAUUGGCAUGUUGUUAAAUAGAUUUUUAGAUACUUAUGGGGUAUUAUGGAUCCAUAAUAGAGGCAGAAUUCAUGGCACUUAUAGAGACAUUAAAGGAAACUAUAUGGUUAAGAGGUUUAUUCUCUAAAUUAUGUUCAUGUCAAGUUUUAAUUAUUUAUAUUGUGAUAGUUGUUAUUUAUUUAACCAAAGAUUAAAUGUAUCACAAAAUGACAAAGUAUAUUGACAUCAAAUAUCAUUUUAUCUAUAAUAUAAUUUUCUCAGGUGAAAUUAAUGUGCAAAAAAUUAGUACUGAAGAUAAUUCAGCUGAUAUGCUAAUAAAACUUCUUCCUAUUUUAAAGUUCCAACAUUGUUUGAACCUGAUUAGAAUUUAUAAUACUUAG